ACUUCUCUAAAGCUGCUGGGAAAGCCAUUCUGGCAGCCACGAUUGACUAGCUACGUUAUAGACAAGACAUUUUCCUGAUCACGCGACAGGGAUUUAUCAAUUCAAAAUGGCGAGCGGGUUGAGGAUUUUGGUCCCCGUUAAGCGGGUGAUUGAUUACGCCGUAAGUUGUUUAGUUAUGCAACACAUCACAUUCAACUUUUUAGGAAGAUUUCACCGGGUUAUAAUGCCUAACUCGAAGGCUACAACAGAUGAAACCGCGCAUUAACAAGACACAAACCGGCGUAGAAACCGCCGGCGUGAAACAUUCCCUCAAUCCCUUCGAUGAAAUCGGCGUCGAGGAAGCAGUCCGCCUUCGCGAGCGGAAAGGUCCAUUGAAAGUCGAGAACAUUCUUGCUCUAUCAGCCGGUGGUGCUAAAUGCGUCGAUACGCUUCGUACAGCCAUGGCCAUGGGCGCCGACAAGGCACUACUCAUCGACGUCCCCGAAUCAGCCGACGGUGGCCCUGAGCCAUUGACGAUCGCAAAACUGCUCAAGAGCGUUGUACAAAAGGAGAAUAUCAAUAUGGUUUUACUGGGUAAACAGGCGAUUGACGGCGAUCAGGGACAGACUGGACAAAUGCUCGCAGGAUUGUUGGGCUGGUCGCAGGCGACUCAAGCCAGCAAAGUGGAUAUCAAGGAUGAGAGUGGCACUGUGGAGGUUACUCGUGAAGUGGACGGUGGUGUAGAGACAUUGAGAGCUAAAUUACCGAUUGUCAUCACGACGGAUCUCCGACUUAACGAACCUCGCUACACGAGUUUGCCCAACAUCAUGAAGGCUAAGAAGAAGCCUUUGGAGAAGAAGACGCUGGCGGAUUUCGGGGUAGAAGAUAAGCGACGACUAAAGACUGUCAAAGUUACAGAACCACCCCCAAGACAAGGCGGCGGCAAAGUGGAGGAUGUCGAUGGACUUGUUUCUAAGCUGAAAGAACUUGGCGCUCUAUAAAAACAUGCAGACCAUGAAUGAUAACAGAUGAAUGUCUUUUUGAUGUACAAUAUCCAAUAGUUGCAUUGUAUAUCGGCCGAACUAUUUGAGUAAGAGCUAAAUAGGAAGGAGCGCCUGCCGAUUGAUCGAGUACCUGCUCCAAGCCGAAUCUUCUCACUCCUCC